AUCAUGGCAAAAAAAUGUGCUUGUUAAUAAAUUAGCAGCGCUCUGGAUAAGCCUGGGGGCCACGCUUUACGUGAGUUUUACGCACUCAACUUUUUGUUUAAUAGUUUCACAAUUUGCGUUUCAGCCCGGACUGUGUGCUGUUUUCAAACGCGGGCAUGCAGUCGUCAGAACCCGCUGAAAUAAGCGUCAUUCGCGAGAACUACGACAAAGCUCUGCAGUGUCUGAACACCGGGCUUCAGUUUGAUGAAGCAGGCAAUAAAGACCAGGCUCUGGUCCUCUAUAGGCUGGGCCGCCGGCACCUGCUCAGCGGGCUGCGUGUGGACACGCGGGGCGGGCGCUGCACCGGCCGCUGCUGGGACUCUGCCCGAAAAACACAGCUGAAGAUGGGGGAGACACUGCGCACCAUCACCGCUCGCCUCGGGGCUCUAGAGUCCGCUUCAAACCCGGGUCAGACACUUUACCCGACUCUACCUGUCUUCCAGGACAAGAGAGCAUUUAACAGCAGAGGAGCCUCAGGAAGGGCCCCUUCUCGCCCUGUUUCCCCUCCGGUGGGCUUCACUGUGCCCAAUGAACUCCCACCAGCCUACACUCCUCAGCCAACAGACGGGCAUCUGUCACUCUCUCAUGGAGCCAACAAGUCGUUUCCAGAUGCCCCACACCAGGCGUCCCGGCGUCAGGCUGCGGCCCCGGUCAAUCUCAGAGAGGCCGGGAUGGAGAUUAUGUUCUUGCCCAGCGGGGUGCAGAUGUUUUUUGUGUCUGCUGAGGGUCGGGUCACUGCCCCUUCUUAUCCAGGAUACCUGAGGAUCAUCGUAUACAGCCAGGAUGGCAGUGCCAACACUGGCUAUGCUCCAGCUUACCUGCAGGUUUGUGACUGGAUCUACCCACUGUAUCCAGACUCUCCUGUCUUACUGAGCAACAAUGGUGUGUUUACCUUUCCUGACACCACAGCAGCGGUGCCGGGGUCCUACGUUGGAGUUGUGCUGUCCUCCGAUCUGCCUGCAGGGGAGAGAGAUCUGUUCCAGGAGCAGCUGUCGGUGCUGGCGCAGCUCCGGGUCCAGGUAGAUGAAGAAGGCUUCGGCGCUACAGGAACAGACACAAACCUGAGUGAGAAGAUUCCUCUAUCAGAAGCAUCUCAAAUGCCAGAGGAUAAAACUGCCCCUGUGUGGAGUGAAAAGAUGUCACAGAGCAUCCUAGCAGGCUCCUCGUGGCUGGGUCGGGGUCUUGUGCGAGGAGCAGAAGCGACUGGUAAAGCCAUUCAGAGAGGAGGGACAAAACUGCGGGACAACAUCACCCCAGAGGAGACUCCAGCAGAGGUCAGUCCUAAAGUCACCAAAGGCCUCAACGCAGCCAAACAGGCCACUGGCGGAGCGGUCAAAGUCAGCCAGUUUCUGGUGGAUGGUGUAGCUGCCGUAGCGGGUAAAGUUGGGAAGGAACUUGCUCCACAUGUGAAAAAACAUGGUAGCAAACUCAUCCCAGAAUCCCUCAAGAAAGGCAAAGAUGGGAGCUCCAAAAUGGAUGGAGCCAAGCUAGUGGCUGGAAGCAGCAUACAAGGUUUAUCGACUCUCUGGACAAGUCUGGAAACGGCAGGAAAGACUAUUGGGAAAAGUUUAUCAUCAGAGACGGUGACCACUGUGAGGCACAAGUAUGGAGACGACGCAGGACAAGCGGCAGACACUGCAGUCCAGUCUGCUGUCAAUGUAGGGGUCACAGCAUUUAAUAUGGACAAUGUGUGCCUCAAGGGUGUGCUGAAGGCCGCAAGCAAACAGACUACAAAGGAAGCGGUCAAAGACGCACCAAAAGGAGAAGAAACUGAGGACAAAGACAAGUCACCAAAGAAAGGAUGAGGAAAAUGAUAUGCAUAAAGUAUGUUCUUGUAGCAUACAUCAGUACUUUUGUAUUGAUGAUGAAUUAUGUCGAGAUGUUUACAAAUCUAUUUUAUUAUAUUAAUGAAGUAUUUUAUUUUAGUUCUUAAUUUCUGUAAUCUUAUUCUGAGGAUUAUAUAGAAGGAAAAGAUGAAUAUUAUGUUGUGAUGUUUACAGAAAAUAAGCUUAUAUUAGUGAAACAAAUGUUUAUCUUGUUACAGCAGAAAUGAUAUCUAUAAUGAUAUUAGACGGAUUAUAUUUAUAGAAGGAAAACCUUUUACCUUGUUUAACUCAUUGUAUGUCAGGAUUUAUAAUAUCAGUUAUAUAUUGCUUUUAUUAGCCUCCUAUGUGGCUCAUGAGGGGCAGACGGAAUCUGCGGACAUUUUUUGCUAUUUCUGCGCAGAAUUUGUAUAAAAAAUCUGCGGAUUUUUGUGGAAUGAUUUUGGGAGUAUCAUAACUAAAACCUAUAUGAAAUAAAAAGUAAUACCUUUUUAACUUUUAUUUAAAAGUUGAUUGUUAAUGUUAACAAUCCAAAUCCAAUUAGAUCUACUUUAUUUGGGAGACAAAGCAAGUCUCUCAUAUAAUAUAUCUACUAAAAGACAGAAAAUAUUACUGUACAAACUGUAUUGUGAAUAAAUCAUAUGAAUAUUUUCAUAUUAGUCAAAAUAUUACUGUAAUUAACUAAAAAAACUGAAUAAAUAUAAAUUUACACACAUUUACAUUACUAAAUAAACAAAAAAUCAAUGAUGGGCUAAAUCUGCGCGCGCAGAUUCCGUGUGGGUCUACUCAUGAUUAAAGUUUACACAGAAAACAUACUAACAAUAGUUCAACUGUAGCUGUAAC